AUGGCAACGAGCGACAGGGGCCCACCGUCGCAUUUGUCGGCUGUGGUACGCCCGCGGCCUACCGGACGCUACAUUUACGAGUCGUCGUCCGACGAAGAUGGCGAGGAUGGCGAGGUAUGGCCUCGGUCUAGUCGGCGUUUCCCGCUUUUGGACUCGGAUGCCUCCAGUGACGAAGGAGGCGAGCCGACAUCGCAUGCCCGUCGCGAUGUCGCUUCUAUUCGCUUAGCGAAUGAAAUGGAUCCAUGGGAUCAGUGGGAGCUUACAUGUCGCGAGCGGGCGUGGAAACCCGUGCACCGCGCUCGAUCGGUAGCGCCAUCCACAGGACUUACGCCAGCGCCUGACGCUGGUGUGGACGAGAUCAACACGAUUCUCGCCAAGUUCCAAUUACAGCAGCAGGCAACAGAGAAGAAGGAGCGUGAAGCGUUUGAGAAGCGAAAUGCUACGCUAUGGGAAGGCAUUGAAGCGGCUAUCCGGCAGGCCGAGCAGCGCGCGGCGCAGGAAGCCGAGCAGCUGGCCGAGGCGCGACGGAAGCAAGAACGAGCCGAAGCGGAGGCCAAGCGCGCACGCGAAGCUGAGCUGCAACGCAUCGAAGACGAGAAGAAAGCGGCAGCCGCGCGUAAGCAGGCUGAAGAGGCUCGUCAGCGCGAAGCGGAGGCGGAGGCUGCGAAGGCAAAAGCACAGAAUGUAUUCCGCGGUGGUGAACAUGUAUGGGCCGCGGCCAAGGACGAAUACGAGCAUUGGCAAGCACGUAUGGCCUAUAUCAAGACGGAUAUUCUACCUAGCAUUGCGCAGCGGCCUGACUGGCGCAAACAGUGCUUUACUGCGAAACGGGCCAUCACGCCCAAAGUCGGGCAGUUGACCAACUCUCGUGCGGAGAUUGUGCGGAUCACGGCGGCGAUCGGUGCCGUGCUACAGCAGGCGCGUGACGUGCCUGAUAAAGAGGCGUCUGAACGGCUGUACUACUGGUGCCUGAACCAUCUAGCCAAGUGCCUUAUCCGGCAGGCCGAGCAGGAAGUGGCCGCACGCCAAGAGACGGCGUUCCCCCUCGCGCGACUGGUUCUAGGUCUUUUCCUCCAGGGCCAUACUGCUCUUGGUGAUGUGCUUAUGGCGCGUCUCGUGAAAAAAUGUGUCUGGGUCCUAGCGUAUCUUCCGCCACGUGGCUCGAUGGACGAAGCCGAGCACCGACGUCGACUGGGUUUUAAGCCUUGGGACGAGUCGGCGCAGAGCUAUGCGUCGCGGAUGACGGGCAUCUGUGCGCUGUACUUUGCAUGUCUACAAACGCCGCUGGCAUCUGUCGCGGAUGCGAGUGGCUUGCCGGCUGGCCAGAGCUUGGCCGAGGCUGCGAAGCCCAUCCCUUCGGUGUUCCGCCCGUUGCGGUUGUGGGUCUGGCAAGUGCGGGCGAUGACGCCGCCCAUGGCCGAGCAGGCGUUUAUUGUGGGCGUAUGGUGCACGUUCCUGGAAGUAGCUGGGCCAUGUGUGUGUACGCGCUAUGGACGCCAGGGGGCCAAGAUGUGGUCGCUGCUCUUGGACGAAGGCGUUGCGCAGGCCAAGUUGGGGGCGCGAGAGAAGGACGAUGCACAAAAAGCGGCGCUUGUACGUUUGCAGCUCAUGCUGGAGACGUGGCGUACGACGCAGUCUCUGGGCGACCAUGUGUCGCGGGGCCGCGAGAUGGAUCCCUAA